GAAUCCCCCACGUCAUGGAUCUGAAACCAGAAGAUUAUCAUCAUUUUUUAUCAACAUGAAGCCAUUUUUUAAGACUCACAGUUGCAAUAUUGGUUUGACUAAUCCAAUUCUAAAUGUUUGCCGUUGCACUGUUGCCUAUCAGCUUUGCUAUUAUAUAAAUGAAGACAGCAAAAUAUUUUCAUAUCCAUGCAGCAUAAACUGCAGUAUAGAUUUCUAAAGAGAUGAGUUUUUCUUCAAAUCAAUUCCAUGCUUGGCUAUGAUUUUUCUGCAGUUUAACCUUGCAUUCAUGUCGAUCAUUGUAAAGCAUGCUCUGGACAAAGGUCCGAGCUCACAUGUUCUCGUGGCACUCCGGAUGAUCGUCGCUGCAAUUCCUAUUUCUCCUUUUGCCAUGUUCAUAAAAAGGCCUGUGCUUUUUAGCCAAAUUUUGUAUAAUACUAGGAUGAAAUACACUAGUGCAAAAUAUACUGUUGCCAUGCGUAAUAUUUUUCCACUCAUGACAUUUACAAUGGCUUGGAUUUUCAGGCUUGAGAUUGUGAGACUUAGGAAGCUGCAUAGCCAGGCAAUGAUACUGGGAACUCUCCUAGAGUUGUCAAGGACGAAUGGAAGAACCAAAAUUCAUAAGAAAUCAGCUAGUGAUGUAAAGGAUACAGAUCUAAUCAAGGGUGCUGGUUGUUUUUGCUGGUCUUGUUUCAUCAUUUUGCAAGCACAUAUAUUAACAUCGUACCCUUCAGUGCUCACUCUAGCGGCUUUGGUAUCCAUAUUAAGUUUCAUGGAAGGCCUCAAACUAGAGUUUCUAGUUGAACAAGGAAACACAAAUCUGGUCAAUGUUCCGCCCGUAUGCCAAGCUGUUAGCUCUGAUUUUUGCUGGAAUUGUGUCCUGCUCAACUUAUUUCAUAAUGGGCUGGUUAAUGAACAAAAAAGGUGUUCUUUUAGAGUUAGAGAUACCUUUCCAUGACAAUGGCAAAAGGAGAAAUGAAAACUGCCGCAACCAUCAUCCGGAGUGCCACCAGAACAUGUGGGCUCAGACCUUUGUCCAGAGCGUCCUUCACAAUGAUCGAUAUGAAUGCAAGGUUAAAUUGCAGAAAAAUCACAGCCAAGUAUGGCAUUGAUUUGUAGAAAAAACUCAUCUCUUUAUAAAUCUAAUUACAUUUUAUGCUGCAUGGAUAUGUUAAUAUUUUGCGGUUUUCAUUUAUUUAGUGACAAAGGUGAUAGGCAACAGUUCAACUGCAAA